AUGUGUAAUCAAGCAAACCAAAACACACCAAAUGUUAUUCAAGGACUCGAUUUAGUUGUAGUAGGCGGAGGAGAGAACAUUGGAAUGGAUGGGAAAUUGGUUGGGAGAGAAGGAAUCGUUGUGGGGAAUGAAGGUAAAGUUGGCAUUGGAAUAGGAGGGAUUGAAGUGGGAAUUGUGGGAAGAGUUGUUUGUGGCAAUGUUGAUGGCAACGGAGGGAUUGAAGUGGGAAUGGUGGGAAGAGUUGGUUGUGGCAAUGUUGAUGGAAAUGGAGGAACUGAAGUGGGUAUUGUGGGAAAAGAUGGUUGUGGCAAGGUGGAUGGCAAUGGAGGUAAUCCCGUUGGGAUAGGCAUAUUUGGAAUUUGAGGGAGAGGUUGUUGCUGGAGAAGGUGGCGUGAGGCCGAGCACAUGUUGAUUGUAAUAGAGAAAGAAAGAGUCACUAAGAAAGCAAUGAGAAAAAUCUUGAAUGAUGCCAUUUUGGUGAGUUGAUGAGUUCUUUUUUAUUUUGGUUAAGCCGCUCUCUAAUUGCUUCUUCGGUUUCUGUUUUGUGUUGAUGAGAAAUCCAACGUUAUGCGAUUGAGUUUAUAUAGAUGCAAGUGUCUAUAUGGCUACAUCAUAUAAUUUUUAUAUGGUUCUGGUAGGUUAUUGUAUAGUUGGCUUGAGCCUUGUUAGUUCAACUUAAUGUGUUAUUCUAAGCUUAUUUUGACAAUUCAAGGAUUUUGAUGUUAAGUUAGGCCAACCAUCAAACCCUUUAACUUUAAUACACUUGUUACCUAACCACGCGAAGUUUGUAAAUUAAAGAAGAAGAAUUAUAUAUUUAUAUGUUUGUUUAUUUCCAUAUUGGGUGCGUACGAAAAACAGUAAAGAAAAGUAUUCAACAAAAAUAAACAAAUGUAUAAAAUAAUCGGCACGGGUGUUAUAGCUAAAACAAGUCAGUAAUAAGCUUUAGUAAUGUUUUCAAUGAAUUUUUGUUGGUCACCUAUAUAAGGCUUUAAACUAGUUUUCUGACCAACAAUAACUGAAUAAAAGCUUAAAAAAAAACCAAUAACUGAAUAAAGAAAACAAACCUAUAAAUUCUUUUAUAUAUACCUUAAAAUCCAAUACAAAUAGAAAAGAAAUAUAUAAUAUUUCCCUCGAGAUUUUAGUACAAUAUAGAGAUUAUUAUGAAAAUGUAGAA